AUGGCUACGUCUUCACCGAUGGAAGAAGCUGAGGAGAUGCGUCUCUAUCAGCAAACGCUUCUCCAAGAUGGGCUGAAGGACAUGUUGGACCAUCAGAAGUUCCUUGACUGUGUCUUGAAAGUGAAAGGGAAGGAAUUCCCGUGCCACCGGUUGGUCUUGGCAGCCUGCAGCCCGUACUUCAGGGCCAUGUUUCUCUCCGACCUAGAGGAAAGCCAGAAGAAGGAAGUCAACUUAGAAGAUGUGGAUCCAGAGGUCAUGAGUAAGAUCCUCCAUUACAUCUACACCUCGGAGCUGGAGCUCACCGAGCAGAACGUUCAGGAUAUCUUCUCGGUCGCUAACAUGUUCCAGAUCCCUUCUAUUUUCACCGUCUGCGUCUCGUUCCUUCAGAAGAGGCUGGGCCUCAGCAACUGCCUAGCCAUCUUUAAACUGGGAUUAAUGCUGGAUUGCGCCCGCUUGGCGGUAGCUGCCCGGGAUUUCAUCUGUGACCGGUUCUCACUGGUCUCCCGCGAUGAGGAGUUUUGCCAGCUCUCUCCUGACGAGCUGAUCGCCAUCAUCUCCAGCGACUCCCUCAACGUCGAGAAGGAAGAGCUGGUCUUUGAGGUGGUCAUGAAAUGGGCCACAGCCAAGGACCGGGACAGCCGUGUCAAGGCGCUUCCGGUGGUCUUUGAAAGCAUCCGCUUCCGUUUGCUGGACAAGGAUUAUUUUAAGGACAAGGUGGAGAAGAACGCUCUGAUCAAGAGCAACCCGGACCUUCUCAAGAAGAUCCAGAUGGUGAAGGACGCUCAUGAGGGGAAGCUUACAAUGGUGAAGCAGAAGAAAGAGGAGAAACCCGCCAAGGACCAAGUGGUCAAUGGAGAAUUGGACAAAGAAGAGACUGAGGAAGAAGAGGAGGAGACUUUGCCAGGGAUAUUGAACGACACGAUGCGUUUUGGGAUGUUCCUUCAAGAUCUUAUCUUCAUGGUUAGUGACUCAGGAGCUGUGGCUUAUGAUCCAGCGGCCAACGAAUGUUAUUUUGCUUCCCUUUCUGCUCAGAUUCCAAAGAACCACGUUAGUCUGGUCACGCGAGAAAAUCAGAUUUUUAUAGCCGGUGGACUUUACUACAAUGAAGACGACAAAGAGGAUCCGAUGAAUUCUUAUUUCUUGCAGACCAAAUCUAAGAACAGGCUGAAGCAGCAUAUUUCAGCUUUGGAAACGUUGAAAUGUGUGAACUUCAACUCCCAGAAUUCCUCAGCCAGCAUUUACAUUUACACAGGUCUUAAAGUUGAAAAGUAUGACCACCUCGAUUCGGAAUGGCUGGGGAUGCCCCCGGUACCCUCUCCCCGCUGUCUGUUCGGACUCGGAGAAGCUGAAAAUUCCAUCUUUGUGGUCGGAGGGAAAGAAUUAAAGGAAGGCGAACAGACCCUGGACUCCGUUCUGUGUUAUGACAGGCUGUCUUUUAAAUGGGGGGACGCAGACCCCCUCCCGUAUGCUGUCUACGGUCACGGGGUGGUGUCCAAUAACGACCUGGUCUACUCCAUCGGAGGCAAAGGAACAGACAGGUGGGAAUCUUUUGUUGACUUCCCCCAAGAACGCAGUUCGGUCAGCCUGGUGAGCCUUGGGGACACGCUGUAUUUAAUUGGCGGUUUUGCCACCAUCGAGACCGAAUCUGGAGAACUCGUUCCCACCGAGAUGAAUGAUGUCUGGAGCAGUUACUUUCGCCUGGACACUGAGAAGAAAAAGGAAAAAAAAAAACGAAACAAAACGUUGAUCCAAGCUACGGACAUAGAAACCUUCGGUUAA